AUGACCAACCCCGCCAUAUCAGCCUACCGUAAUGCUAUCAGAGCAACCAGAAUAGCGUUCCGUCAAGAUAUACCCAUAUUACAAGCUGCCAGAACUCAAAUCAAAACUGAAUUACUUAAUAAUAAAUCAUUAACCGAUAAACAACAAAUUGAAGAAGCAGUUACAAAACUUGAAGAAGUUAAUAGGUUUUUAAUAUCAAAUGUUGUACAAGGUGAAAAACAACAAGAUGGGAAAUAUUUUUUGAAUUUCCAUGAAAAGACUGAAUUAGGUGAUAAUGAAACUAUUAAACAAGGAAAUAAAUUAGGUUCAUUAUCAGGUAAAAAAUCAACUCGUUUAGGUAAAUAG